AUGGAAGACAGCGAUCGGCCGUCAAGUGAUGCGAAAGCUGAUCACCUUUGCGUCCUAAUUCAUGGGCUAUGGGGUAAUCCAUCACACCUUAAUUAUAUCGUAUCCGCUUUGCGAGAAAAGUACGGCGAAUCGACGUUGCAGAUACUGUGCCCGAAAAGCAAUGCAGGAACUCUUACAUAUGAUGGUAUCGAGCUUGGUGGAGAGCGGGUAGCCCAUGAAGUGGAGGAAACGAUCAGGACCUCCGCUGAGCAGGGGUGCAAGAUUCGCAAACUGAGUGUGGUAGGAUACUCAUUGGGCGGUUUGAUUGCUCGAUAUGCUAUCGGUUUGCUCUAUGCGAAAGGAUACUUCGACGACAUUGAACCUGUCAACUUUACUACUUUUGCCUCACCACAUGUCGGUGUGAGAAGCCCUGCGAGAACAAGCCAUUUCUGGAAUGUGCUGGGUGCCAGAUGUGUAUCGACAUCAGGACGACAGCUUUUUAUGAUUGAUUCGUUCCAUGACACUGGAAAACCGCUUCUCAGUAUCCUUGCUACCCCGGGAAGCAUAUUUAUGCUUGCGCUUGCGAAAUUUAGAUACCGAACCCUAUAUGCGAACGCCAUCAAUGAUUUAAGUGCCGUUUAUUACACGACCGCAAUAUCAAGGAUAGAUCCCUUCACACAAGUGGAUGAUCUCUCAAUAAGUUAUGUUGAUGGUUACGCGCCGGUAGUCAUUGAUCCCGAUCGACCAGUACGCCUCAAGCCAAAAUCUCAGUCAUUAUUUGACCGAUUAACUUCAUCCGCCUACUCGAUGAUAUCAACAUUCUCAUUCCGACUUAUUAUUGUCACCAUCGUCGGGUUUGCUUCAGUGUUAUUCCUAACAAAUGCAGUCUACCAGACAAUUCUGAGCGAGAAACGCAUCCGCCUGCACAAACAAGGUAAAUCUGGGGUAAUGUACAAUACCUAUAGAGUUCCACUGAUUAUGAAGGGGUUCCGGAACGCCGUUGAGGAUAUGUACGAAACCGCAAAUGCAGCACAGAAACCAGAGUAUAUAUCAGGGUCAACCCCGGCCAGCGAGGAGAGGCUUCAUGAUAUGAAUGGUGAAACCUCAAAGCCUGCACAGCCUCUGCCUGCCGUAACAACAGCAUACACCGAGACUGAACCACUUCAAAACACGGAUAAUAUCGCUGCUCGCCAGCCCAGCAAGCCUACAUUUCCUACUCUUGCCCUAACAGCUGCUCAAUUCCAAAUUAUCGAUAAUCUUGACACUGUUGGAUUCCGCAAGUACCCAGUACACAUCCAUCAGGCUCGGCACAGCCAUGCAGCUAUCAUUGUCAGGUCACCUAGAGAAUCAUUUAAGGAAGGGAAGAUCGUUGUAAGGCACUGGUUGGAAGAAGAAUUCCGCAUCUAA